AGGGUAGCUGUCCAAGAGGAUACUCUUCUUGAACUCGUUGUUCCGUACUACAAAAUUAUUACAUGGAAUAAUUCGUACGUCUGAAACUAACAAAAGUGUCAUCUGUAAUUUUCUUGAUUAAACGACAUUCCAUAAUCAUAAUAGCAACAUGAAAGCUUCUCUUUUGCUGUUCGCGUUGGUCGUAAUCGCUUCUGUAACGGCCGACACAUAUCCUACUAAAUACGACGACAUCGACAUAGACAGGAUACUCCAGAACGGUCGCGUCCUUACCAAUUACAUCAAGUGUCUGCUGGACGAAGGCCCGUGCACCAACGAAGGUCGCGAAUUAAAAAAAACAUUACCUGAUGCUUUAUCCACAGAUUGUAGUAAGUGCAAUGAUAAACAAAAAGUCACUGCAGAGAAGGUAAUAAAUCACCUCAGAAAUAAGAGACCGAAUGAUUGGGAACGACUUACCGCGAAAUAUGACCCAAAUGGCAAUUACAAAAAACGUUUUGAAGCCGCUCUAACUACCACGGAGAGUUAAUCCUUGAAACAUAGGAUUACGACAUCAUUUAUGUAAUAAAAACAAAUCAAAAGGAAUAAUUUGUUCACCACUUUAGCGAACUACAAUAAAAUGUACACAUUAUCGACGGAACAUGAGAUUCAUGAAAGGUUUCACAUAUUUAAAUCAACAUAUUUGAUCAUACUCUUGUAUUACUUCGCGCACUUAUACUGUUAAGUUCUUUCACGAAUGGAUGUAUUCCUAAACAAGAAACAAACUGAUUUUGUAACAUUGUUUUAAAUGUUUGGUAAUAAAGUUCAUUUAUUCAAAAGUC